AUGAGUACGAAGCUUGCGGUACAAUGUUUCGUCUCCAGCACCAAAAAUCCUCGCUGGCGUCUCUGGAAGGAGUGGCUGGAGGCCCAGGACCUUGGGGAACCUGGGCUGCUCGAUGUCGCUCCGGGCCAGCCGCUAUACCUCAAGCUGAUCCGCGCUAUGUUGGAGGCCGCUGGUGGAGGAGUGGGCGAGAUCCUGGAGCGCUACGGCGAGCACACCGCUAUCGCCGCGCUAGCAGUCAUCGUAGAAGAUGAGUCGCUAGACAAGAAACGAAUUAUUCAUGAUGCUAUACCCAUCGUGCGCGCCUCAACCACCGGAUUAAGUGCCGGGACAAGCUACCCCCCGGCGCUGGAGAGAAGAAGCACUUGCUACGAGAACACGAGGAGGAGGGAGAGGGGCCUCCCCCGUUGCCAUCACUAA